AUGGGCAAAGGAACGGAUAAAAUGUACAUUACGCAUUCCGAAUGGUCUGGAGAAUUUGGAGGAAUGCAGUUUGGAGGAAUCCAGGCUAGAAAGAAAACCGACGUUUUUAAAAGACUUCCAUUCUAUUGUUGCUCGCUUACAUUGCAGCCUUUCGAGCAUCCUGUAUGCACUCCUGAUGGUAUCAUCUUUGAUCUAAGGCAUAUACGUCUCUAUUUGAAAAAAUUUGGAAUGAAUCCUGUAACCGGUGAAAAGUUAGACGUGAAUUCAUUAAUUAGUCUUAACUUUUUUAAAAAUCCUGAAGAUGAAUAUCAUUGUCCGGUAACCUUUAAAGUAUUCAGUGAUCAUACACAUAUUGUUGCUAUAAAGACUACAGGCAAUGUAUAUUCAUAUGAAGCGAUUGAUCGGCUGAAUAUUAAAACGAGACAUUGGAAAGAUUUAUUAUCAGACGAACCAUUUACACGAAAAGAUAUAAUAACUAUACAGGAUCCUCAUAACCUUGAAGUUCGUAAUUUAUCAAAUUUCCAUUAUCUUAAAAAUAAUUUGAAGUUAAAAGAUGACGAAUCAAACGAUCCUUUAAGCAAUAUAAAUUUAAGUGCUACGGGUUCGGCGGAACGUGUUCUCUCGAAGAUUUCUUGCAAGCAUGAUGAAUCGGCACAUGAUGCAACUGUUGAAAAUAAACUUCUGAAGAAAGCAUCGUCUUCUACACCUACUGUAAAAAAAUCAAAAAAUGUUCCAUAUAAUGCAGCGUCAUAUUCACGUGGAUUAGCAGCUGCAUCGUUUACUUCUACUGCGAUGACACCAGUAACUGAAAAUGAAAAUGCACUUGUUGACGAAGAAGAAUUCAUGUUUAAAGAAAUUAAGGAAAAAGGCUACGCAAGAAUCGUAACUAAUCUUGGAAACUUGAAUAUCGAAUUAUUUUGUGAUAAGGCACCAAGAACUUGUGGUGAUCCUACAGGUACAGGGAAGGGAGGUGAAUCAUAUUGGAAAAAAGAUUUUGCAGAUGAACUUAAACGUAAUCUUUCACAUAAUGAACGUGGGCUUAUGAGUAUGGCAAAUAAGGGAAAGAAUACAAAUUCAUCACAAUUUUUUUUCACUUUUCGUCCGUGUACUCACCUAGACAACAAACAUACAAUUUUUGGUAAAAUUGUUGGAGGAAAAGAGAUUCUAGAUAAAAUGGAAUUAGUACCCACUGAUGAAUCCGAUCGACCUUUACAGGAAAUUAAAAUUAUUGAAGUAGCAAUUUUUAUAAAUCCGUAUGAGGAAUACAAGAAAAAGUUAGAAAAGAAAUUAAGUCGACAAGAUGAAUUUGCGGAAAGGAAACCGCGAGAAAAGACCGAAAAGGAUACAACUACAUGGUUUGGUACGAAAUUGACAUCAACCGGUGCGAAAGAAAGUAAUAGCAAUAUAUCAGGUGAUGUAGGAAAAUAUCUAAAAUCAACUACAUCACCUGAUAUACCUAAAAAAAGAGAAUUGGAUAAUGAAGAACUUGAUUCAGAACCAGUUCCUGAAAUUAAUAAGAAAUUAAAGACUACUGGUUAUAAUUUUGGUAACUUUAGUAAUUGGUAA